UGCGUGAACAUCUACUCAGCAGGUAAACUACACCAUGGCGGCGAGAGGCCAUGUGCAAGAUCCAAACGACAGGAGGCUCAGACCUAUAUACGAUUACCUUGACAAUGGCAAUAACAAAAUGGCGAUACAGCAGGCAGAUAAACUGCUGAAGAAACAUAAGGACCUGCACUGUGCCAAGGUCCUGAAGGCGAUUGGCCUUCAGAGGACUGGAAAGCAGGAUGAAGCUUUCACUUUAGCCCAGGAAGUGGCCACUCUCGAGCCCACUGAUGACAACUCGCUUCAGGCUCUGACUAUACUGUACAGAGAGAUGCAUCGUCCUGAGUUGGUCACCAAGCUGUAUGAGGCUGCAGUGAAGAAGGUUCCUCUAAGCGAGGAGUAUCACUCUCACCUCUUCAUGGCGUACGCUCGUGUGGGAGAAUACAAAAAGAUGCAGCAGGCAGGAAUGGCCUUGUAUAAAAUUGUCCCGAAGAAUCCCUAUUACUUUUGGUCGGUCAUGAGUCUUGUGAUGCAGGCAAUCUCAGCCCAAGAUGAAAAGUUGGCUCAGACCAUGUUCCUGCCUCUGGCUGAACGCAUGGUGGAAAAAAUGGUCAAGGAGGAAAAGAUUGAAGCAGAAGCAGAGGUGCAACUGUAUUUUAUGAUCCUAGAACGCUUGGGGAAAUGUGUAGAGGCCCUUGAAGUGAUCCGGGGCCCACUUGGGGAGAAGCUGACCAGUGAGCUGCAGAGCAGAGAAAACAAAUGUAUGAUGCUGUACAAGCGACUGCAACGCUGGCCAGAGUGCAACGCUUUGGCCCACAAACUGCUGCUUAAAAAUCCUGAUGAUUGGCAGUUCUACCCGGCUUACUUUGACUCUCUCUUUCACUUGGUGGAUCAGUCGUGGAGCCCGCCAGAAGAAGGCGAACACUGUUCAGAGGGUUCAGUACAUCACACUGUGGUUGAGGUGGUGAGGUUCGUGGAGGAGAGGAUUAAGGGGGAGGACAGCAAAGAGUCCCGCUCACUCAGAGGGCCUUACUUGGCUCGUCUUGAAUUAAUGCACAGACUGAGAGAAAGAGGCUGUCCUGAGGAAAGCCUGCUAGGUGAGCCUUUAGAGUUAAUGGUGCAAUUCUUCAACAAGUUUGGAGACAAGCCCUGCUGCAUCACUGACCUAAAAAUAUACCUACACCUGCUGUCUCCUGAGCAGCACGUUCAGUUCAUUAAUCAUCUUAGUGAGGCAGUUCCACUGGGCAACCAGGAAGAGGAAGGAUUUGCUUUUCCAGAGGACACCAAAGCGCUGCAGAGGCAUUUGUGUGUGUGUCAGCUGAGCCGCGCACUAGGGCUGCAUCAUUCCCUCGACGUGGAUGGCAAACUUCAUCUUAUCACAGAGCUUAAGGCUCACUAUCAUCAUGGGCUUAAGUUUGGAAAGAACACUCUAAAGACGGAGCUGCAGUUUUCUGAUAUGUAUUGUCUCAUGGUCGCUCAUGUAUACAUUGACUUAUGGACAGAGACUGGAGAUGAGGACAUGAUGUGGCAGUGUUUGGGUCUCCUCCAGGAGGGACUAUCUCACAGUCCUUCCAACGCCCAGUUCAAGCUGCUGUUACUGCUCCUGUACUGUCGACUGGGAGCGUUUGAGCCUGUAGUGGACCUUUACUCAAGCCUGGAUGCCAAGCAUGUACAGCAUGACACCAUAGGUUUUCUGUUAACGCGCUAUGCUGAGUCACUGGGUCAGUUUGCUGCAGCCUCCCAGUCCUGUAAUUUCUCCCUCAGGUUUUUCCACUCGAACCAGAAAGAUACCUCAGAGUAUAUCAUCCAGGCAUAUAAGUAUGGAGCGUUUGAGAAAAUCCCAGAGUUCAUUGCUCUCAGAAACAGGUUAAACCAGUCGCUGCACUUUGCCCAGGUCCGCACUGAGAGGAUGCUGCUCGACCUCUUCCUUGAGGCUGAUAUUGUCUUGAGUCUGGAAGAGAGUGUGAAGGCCAUGUCUUUGUCUGCCGAAGAGGAUGACAUCCCCUGGGAUAGUAUGAGGGACAACAGAGACCUAACUGUUUUUACGUGCUGGGAUCCUAAAGACAGACAGCUAACAGAUGAACACAGACGUCAGUCUCUAGAGGAAGAGUCCAUGUGGCUCAGAAUACGUUCUCUAACACUUCGCCUCCUCGCCUCAUUGGCUGCGUUGGCACAUAUGCCCUCACAGCAAAACUCUGAGAUAUCUAAUGAGAACGGAGUGGGAGACAAGACCUCAAUUCUCAGCAGCCUGCUCUCCCAGCUGAACCAGACUCUACAGACAGCAGCUCAGAUGGCAGAAAAACACAUACAGUAUCCAUUCCUGGGACCACCCUCGACCCGUCUGGUCCUAGCUUUGUCCAGUGGAAGCUGUCAGUGUCAGGCUGCAGCCCUGCAGUUGUCUGUCCACCUACAUGAGCUCGAGACGGCUGGACUUGAUGGGUCAUCCGAGCUUCAGACACAGAUCUGUAACGGUUUCAAAUCAAUAGUAGUUCAGCUUCAAGAAAUCCUGAAUAAAUGCAAAGGAGAUUUAUUGGAAAUGAAAGAAGGCAAAUUAAAAACCCAGCCGUCCUUAUUAGAAAACCUAGUCUUCUUUGUUGAGACCGUGUGCAUAGUUCUGUGGAUGGCUAGUUACUGUGCCAAGAUCCUUCGACCACUGAAGACUAGUUUACAGAAAAAGAAAAAGAAGAAAAAGGAUGCAAACACAGCUCUGCCAGUGGUGAUGUGUGGCUUCCAGGAGCUGACAGGGAAUUUGCAAGACCUGCUGACACAGGCCAUGGAGCAUAUAAAGGGCCAAGAGACUGCCAUGACAUCACUUAAAUUGUCCACUUUAACUUUGGAAGGAUACACACAGGAGGAAGUGUCGUUUACGAAAGCUGCUACGGAUAAGGUGCAGUGCAGUUACCUCCGCUCCCUACAGGAGGUGGGAGAUCUGCUCAAGAAGAGAACAGAAACUAUAAAGAACCUCAAGAUAUGAACGCCAUCACGCAUGUCCAGAAUAACUCGCCCUCAACCAUCACCCCUAAAUGCCCCACACCACCAUCUACUGUCAGCCCACCAGCUAUCCUACAAAUCCUUCCCUCUUCACUGAUGAUGAAAGUUCCUGGGCCUCCCAUGUUCUCAGUCAUUUCUGACCUUGAAAUUCUCACUUGGCGUUUGUGAGUUUUUGAUGUUUUUUUUCUUUUUCUUUCAACACACACCUCUGGAACAUUUGCAACUGUU